AUGGAUAUCCGUGGAAGAAAGAUGAAGAAACCGCCUGCGUGCGUGCAGUGUAGGAAGAGGAAGAUUGGUUGUGAUCGAGUGAAGCCUAUAUGUGGGAAUUGUUUGAAGAAUGGUAAGACGGAUUGUUUCUUUCCUGAUGUUCCUGGACAGUAUGUGCCGUCGAAUUCUUCUUUGCAAAAUUCUGCCAAGUAUGAGCUGGCGAGGGAAAAUGCAGCUGAAUUGCAUCAUAAUCCUGAAUUGGCCUCGAUGGAGCAGAUAAGAGAGUAUAAUACGAGGCUACAGUUAUUGAAUGCGCAGCAGCAUAGGACCUCGCCUGGCCCUAUGGAGACUGCGCAGUUUAUUCCUAGGACUGUUCCGACUUUCGAAAAUAAACCUGUAAGUUCUGCUAAUGGAUCAGCGUUGCAUUUGAAUUGGGUACAGGGCCCAGCGAUGUUCGAUAUUAUGACUUCUCCCUAUACACAAGAAGAGGUCUUAUUGAAAGAGAUGGAUUUUUGUAGAUCGAGGUUGUUAGAGUUGCAAGAGAUUACCGGCACCAAAGCCGGUGUUAACCUUUCCGAUGAUCUCGGGUCUAAUGGGUCGAAUAGUGGCGGGAGAGACCAUAGUGGAAGAGAUCAGAAUGGUGGCGAUACGCCGGACUAUAGGAGAUUGCAAAUGUCCUUGAGAGGCGAAGGUUUCAAUGUUAAUGAGUUUAGAGACCUAGAUCCCGAGUUUUUGGAUGCAAAACAGGUCUUUGAUGUUUUCACAGUGACGAACACAGAUAAUUUGACCGAUUUAAAUCCUUUGUCAGAUGCCCCUAAUUGUAUCUUUAACGUACGAUUCCUAACAAUACGUGAUGAGUAUUUGGCUCAAUUUUACAGAAGGUUUAAUCAGGUGGCCAAAGAUAAUUUUAAUGACCUAUUGACUAAUUGGAGACAACAAAGGUCAAAGGGCCCAUCCCACUUAAAGAACGAUCAAUCGAUAAGGUUCCCACCAAGGGGUGUCACACAGGAAAUCAUUACAAAAUACUUGACAACAGUGACAGAUACAAAUUCUUUGAUUCCAAUCCUGAAACCAAGAGAGCUAUCGACUGCAGUAGAGCAAUUAUUCGGACGUGAACCUAUUUUCUCACCAAAUAAGUUGGAUUUACCACAGAUCGCUACUUUGGGACAAGUAACAGUGUGUCUAUUGCUCACAUACGAGACUUUAUCAUCAUCAGUUCUCAUCCCUUUGAGAGAUGAACAAUUGACUUUGUUCCAUCAAUUGAGAGAUUGGGUUCCUAGUCUAAUGACUAACUUGCAUUUGAUCAGAUCAGAGAUCGACAGAAGGGACAGUAAUUCAUACUCGGUAAACGUGUUAAAUUUUAUUGCAAUUUGGAAGUAUUAUCAAUCCGUAGCCGAUACUAGUGAUAGUGAUUCGGCCGAUGGUGACGAAGACGUUCAUAUGGCUCGUUUACUUUCUUUGAACCAUGAAUCCAAGAAUCAAUUGCACAUUUUGCUUUGGAAUUUCAUCUUCAAGAACUAUUGCUGGAGACAUCUUUUCAAAGGUGAAAUUCCUUCUAUGGUCAUGGGGUCGGAACAAAAUUCCGCCACCGUCAUUGAUCCACUACUGAAUAAUGAUUUCCCCCUGUUGACUUUCCAAAUAGACAUGCUAAAAUAUCUACAAACUAAGGACUCUAUGGUCUCAUUACCCAAAGUUCUCGCACUUAGAGACCUUUUCAAAGUUAAACUAAAUGACCAGAACAAAAAGUGUUACACAACUGCAGCAAUUAUCACAAGUGUUGUCGAUUCGCUGAUAUAUCGUAACGCAAUGCUGUUCAUUAAUUAUUACCUUUUGAUGCAAUACGAAAAACUGGGUGACGCCGAUACUUUUGCAGAUUAUUAUAAAGAGUUUUUGCAGUUGGUACAAGAGACUUUGUUCUAUGUCUUUUCCAAUUUGGCCAAUUUGAAAUUCGCCGGCUAUGAAUUCAUAUUCGCCAAGAAAUCUUUUCUAACGUUGGAAAACAUAUGUUCUAUGAUCCUAGGGCUCUACCAAAGGUGCUACACUCUAUUGGCUAAGAACACAGGCAUUGUAACGGAUAGUACGAAGGCAGAGGGUCAACAGGCUGAAAUACUCGUACUACUGUUGAAAAAAAUACUAAUGUUGUUGCAAGACUAUGCAAAGAAUCGUAAAGCUGGAAGCCCAUUGAUUUUCAAGCUGGUUUGUAAACUCAGAACAACUUUGGAAUAUAUCGCACAUUGCGAAAGUAGCCCAAUGGUUACGAUGAAUCACGUCAUGGAAAAGAGACCAAUUUCUAGCUCGACCACCAACGCUUUCGAAUUGAUAGACGAUUCCGACCUAGCGAAAGUGGUUACAAAACUGCGUGGCAUAUCAGAAUCAUUGAUCAAAUCAGAUUUUUACAACCAGAGGAAACCAUACCAACCUACAAACCCACAGACAAUAGGCCUAACGGCAGAAAAUUUCUCAGAUGUCUUCAACUCGUUAUAUUCUUAG